GAGUAUACCCCGCGGAAGUUGGUUUGAGAGAGAGUACGGGAUGUUGUUAAUUUGCGUGAAAUAGCGUGAAACACGUUGAUAUUUUCCCGUAGUUAUUCUGGACGGUUUGGCGUUCCGUUGCAGAAACAGAGGAACGUCUGUCGAAGCAAAAUGUUGGAGUGCGGCAUGCUGGAGCGGGACAGUCGGGCUCUUCGGAGGCGCUCUGCUAUUCUCUGCAAACAGCUGGUGGUGGAUGAACUGCUCAUUCAGUCCUUACAGGCAGACGACAUCCUAACAGAGGGCAUGGCAGAGAGCAUCAUGGCUGAGCCAACAUCUCAGAAACGAAGCUGGCGCUUACUACUGCUCUUACCAAAGCGAGGGCCCAGAGCCUUUAGCAGCUUCUGCUCAGCGCUGCGAGAAACUGAGCAGCAGCACCUGUGUGACCUGCUCACACAAUCACCAGAAAAAGAUGGCAAAGAGACACAUGUCGAGAGGUUUGUGGACUCUUCUCUUCCACUUCCCACCCAAGAAGGAAUUCCUGCCAAGAGAACAAGGACACAUGCGGAGUCCAUGGAGUUUAGUCUGGAUGCAGAUAGUCCCAUCAACACUCCUGUGCUCCCGUGCACUCCUGACUUUUACCUGUCGCACUGCCAGCAGUCUUACAGAAUGAAUUCAUCCCCUCGUGGUCUUGCUUUGGUGAUCAGUAAUGUGACCUUUGAUGCUUGUGCUGCGCCUGACCUUGACCCGAGGAAGGGAGGUGAGGUGGAUGACGAGGUCCUCAGGAAGGUCUUCACAGAGCUGGACUACGUGGUUACAGUUCACAGAGACCUCACUGCUCAGGGCAUCAGAACGUGCAUUGAGAACUUUUGUCGACAGCCAGACCACCGGUCAGUGGACAGUUGUGUGGUAUGUCUGCUCUCCCAUGGAGUGGAAGGAGCCAUAUAUGGCACAGAUGGACAGCUCCUGCAGCUUGACUGGGUGUUUGAGUCCUUUGACAAUGCACACUGUCCCCUGCUACAGAACAAGCCGAAGAUGUUUUUCAUCCAGGCCUGCAGAGGAGAGGAGAUGGACUGUGGCGUGGAGCAGAUAGAUGGGCCAGUGAGGACCUGCUCACCAAGCUGUGAGCAGCGGGACGCUGGGAGGGAAGGACAGGGCGAUGCAGACUCCAGACAGAGAGGGGACAUGGGCAGGCCCAGGAUUAAACUGCCCCAGCGGUCUGACAUGAUCUGUGGCUUUGCAUCUCUCAAAGGUCAGAGAAUUUGCACAGCAGCCAUGCGGAACACCAAGAGAGGAUCCUGGUUUAUCCAAGAACUGAACACAGCACUCCGCCUCCACUCCAGAGACACACACCUUGCAGACAUCCUCGUGCAGGUCAACGGCCGCAUUAAGGAGCGGGAGGGUUACGCUCCCGGCACUGCCCACCAUCGCUGCAAAGAGAUGUCGGAGUUCACCAGCUCACUGUGCAAAGACCUCUUCCUUUUCCCCAAGUACCAGCCCCAGUAUUGACAUGCCAAUAUGCACAUACACAGAUUAACACACACAGACCAUUCCUUGCAUUGAAUUCUCCCAGUAAAGGGCACACAACUGUUCCACACCAAUUACUGCCAUACACUCACGCAUUUCCCUGUUACAGCUUCUCAUCCAAACAGAGGAUUUAUGCAUUCAUAUUUUCUGUGUAAAUACUGCCUCCUCACACCCACAGACAUGCACUCACAUACACAUGUGCAUACACUCACGCAAAUCUUGGAAAUGAAAAAGGAGCAAGCUUAUGUUAAUCUACAUGUACUUGGAAAUGGGCAAUGUAUUAGCAUACAACUUGCUCAUGUAUCUGUGUGUCUGUGUCCAAUGCCAGUUAGCGGGUUUAGAUGUUAAUCCUUUUUAGUCAAAGACUUUUUUUCUUACUGCACAACUACUCUGAGGUUCCACUCUUUUUUAAAUGUAUUUUGUAUACAGAUCUAUUUUUGUGGCUUUAUUUUGUAUGAAAUUGUUUUUAUAAGGAUUUUUAAGCCUUUUUUUUGUAUAUAAUGUUUGCUAUGAGUUGUGAUCAUUUCUUGUUGUUAGUAUAGUGACAGACAGGGGGCAGCACAGCAGAGAGAAAUGCAUUUCAUAGUCUGUCUUUCAUCAAUGUUUUUCAUAUCUCCUGCAGUUCAAAAUGAUCUUUACUGUCAUGAUUGCAGACAGCUUUUAUAUAGUUAUAGUCGGCUACAAUGAUGAUGAAACAGUAAAAAGUCUCCUCAUUAGAGAAGUUCACAUUUUUCUCACUCAGUUUGCCUUAUGAAGAGGAAAAACACCCACAGGGCAGCUUCAAAACAAGAUUGUUUCAGUUAUUUUAUUCGCCUCUAAUUGUGGCUGUUCAUUCAGGAAUAUUCAGCUUCUUAACCUUAAAUUUCAUGAAGGCACUCACUGUAAAUUUCACUUCAUAUCAGCUGUGUUACUGUAUAUCUGUCCCUGUCAGGAUGGUGGGCUGCCAGUGGAAUGUGGUGCUACUUGUGGGGUCGUACAUGUUAAGUAUGAACUCUGACCUUUACACUCACUCCAACUGCUAAUAGUGUUUCUCCCUAUGUGAGCUGCUGAUGCAGUUAGUCCCCCUAUAAUUUUUGUGGUAUUUUACUAGAAUAGAUACAGUAAGGACAAAACAAGUAUUCCUCAUGUCUUCCACAAACAAUAUGCAAUUUUCUACAGCAGCCUGUGCCAUGACAUGGUGAUCUGUUUGAUGAGUUUAUCACCAUGGCACUUGUACAGUAUAUUGUAUCACUUUGGCACCCUCACACACAGAGAAAUCAAUUUCUCAAGGCUGUGUGAGCAUUGAUGUUUCCCAGAAAGGCCCUCACCAGGCAAAGAGUGUUUAGUUACAACAGUGUUGUAGUGAAGAAAACAGAAUGUAUGGGCGAAACAGUAUUGAUUGUUAGCCAUCUGUAAACAAGGAUGCUUUGGGUGAGGUGCUUGUGGUACCAGGGUCUGGUAAUUAGGAAAUAUCGCUCAAAAAAGAAAAACAUUGGAGUGUUAUAGAAGUGUAACUGUCCUGCAGGGUGAGAAGUUUUGAAGGUUGAUAUUUGCUGCCAAACUGCUGAGGUGCAGAGUGAGGGGCCCGGAGAGAUUCUGUUUCUGUCAACGCCAACCACUGCCAAAUGUUCUAUACAAUAAACAGGCCAUGGUCUAU